UUCAAAAGACCAUACACCUUUGUCAUUCACGGUAAGAGAAUGCAGUUUGAAUUUUUUGAAGUAGAUAGCAUUUAAAUAACGAAUUUUAACUACUAAACAAUAUUGAAGGCAUUUAUAAAGAAAUUAAAAAUGAAUGCUAUAUCUUGAAGCAAUGAAUAACAUUAUCUUCAGAACCAUCUACUGCGAUAUUGAGAGCACAGGCCUUAAAUGACUUCGUUUUCACUUCUUUAGAAAGUUUUGACCCAGCGUUCAGUACCCAUUCAACAAUAGUCUUUCUUGAUGGUGGACGCAUGUUCCCUGCCUCUGUAAAUUCCAGGACACCACUAGCCAUCCAUUCAUCGUAAUGCUCAGCUACCAAAGCUUUGAAAGGUUUAUUCCAGCUCACAUCUGGUGCUUGCCAAUGCCAGUAUUUUCUGUACAUAAUAAACAUAAUACCAAUAUUUACACAAUCACAUGCAUGCACCUUCAAUAAACUUUAUUCUUCCCUUGACUCUGAAGAAUACAUUUGUGCAGGUUGUUGAAAUUUCAGUCCCAUCAUGAUCAAACAGUCCUUCUCAGGACUGCAUCCACCCGGAUGAUCAUAAAACAAAUAUUGUUAUUUCAAUAACGUCUCAAGAAAUGCCCUAUUGUUCGGUACUAAAGUUGAAGAACAAUAGCAGGGAUUAGCAAAGGAUUAGCAUAUAAUUAAGCCUGACAAGUCACUUAUUUUUCUUGAUUCCGCUAAACACCUAUUGUUCGCGUCUAAUCUUAAUUAUUUGAACUGAAGUAUUUCUGAAGUCUCAGUCUUGGAUAUUGCGAUUUAGAGGUUGGCUUAAAGUUUAGUAAUGGAAGUUAAUAAAGAGGAAGCUUGUAGUGCACCGGUCGAUGACAAUUCGCAUUCGUUAAAUGAAAACAUAGAACCCCCUAACAAAAGACAAAGAGUCGAAAUUACAGAUGCAAGCAGUUCAAAUGAUGACCUCCCACCUCUUCCACAUGGAACUAUUGGUUUCAUAGGAGAAAGGGAAGUUGCUGCGAAUUCAGAGAGUGACUCUGAUAGCAAUAUAUCAAGUUAUGCAAAGAGAGAGGGAUGUGAAACACCCUCCACCACAAUCAUUUCUGAUUCAGAAGAUGAAAUGCCCAGUUAUGAUUUAGACGGAGGAUUUGUUUUGGAAUUCGAGCCUCCAGAAACAAGUGAAGAUGAAGAUGAAGAUGAUGAUG